GGGAGGGGAGAGGGGAAGGAAAAGGAGGGAGGCGAGCGGGGGAGCAGAGCCCCAGGAGAAGAACGGCUCGGGACCCACAGGCUCCUCCGGUUCCCGGACCGCAAAGGCAAGAGCAGAAGGCUCCACCUCAACCUCCCGGUCCCCACCAUGGAUCCCAAAGACCGAAAGAAGAUUCAGUUCUCCGUGCCUGCGCCUCCGAGCCAGCUCGACCCUCGCCAGGUGGAGAUGAUUCGCCGCAGAAGACCAACCCCCGCCAUGUUGUUCCGUGUUUCGGAGCACUCUUCUCCAGAGGAAGAGGCUUCUCCCUAUCAGAGAUCCUCUGGCGAGGGGCACCACCUCAAGACCAAGAGACCCAACCCCUGUGCUUACACUCCCCCUUCUCUGAAAGCUGUCCAGCGCAUUGCCGAAUCACACCUGCAGUCCAUCAGCAACCUGAGUGAGAACCAGCCUUCUGAUGAAGAAGAAGAAGAAGGUGAGCAGGGAAGUCGAGGGUGUCAGGGAGAGGAGGAGGAAGAAGAAGAAGAGGAGGAAGAAGAGGAGGAAGAUGACUCCAGCCAGGCAGAGGUUGUCAAGGGCAGGAAGGAACCUGCUGUGCAGCUGACUUCUUGUGGCCAGGGCCUGGAGGGGCCGUGGGAGCGGCCACCCCCGCUGGAUGAGCCCCAGAAGGAUGGAGCCUCUGAAGGCAAGGAAGAGGAAGAAGAGGCUGUGCAGAAUGAACCCGGUGAGGGGACCCAGCAUCCUGGUCCUCCUGUCCCUGGCACAUAGAUUUCCCGGAAUGCUGUUUCCUCCUUCCACCAACAACCCUGAUCCCCUAAAGAGGGAGGAAGAUGGGGGGACAACACUGUUCCCCCCUCCUUAUCCCCUACCUCUCACCUGCCAAGGCUGCAGCUUCUGAUACCUAGAAGACCAAGGCUAGUCUAUGUGUUUGCUUGUUUGCCCAUCCCUUUGCUGAUGCCCAGGGCCCCCAGACAUUGCUCAGUGCCCACCCUUACCAUCCAAACUACUCCCAUAUCCCCCCCCCCCAGCUGAGGAGGUGAGGUCGGGUUAGUUUUGAGUCCCAUUCCUGUCACGGCCUUGCCUCACACUGGAGAUUCCAAGGCACUCGACUCAAUAAUUGAGCCUCCCACCAUUUCUAUUUCUUGGAGCCCCCUUCUUCUUAGGCAUAGGAGACCCACAGGGCAGGACCCUAAGCCCAAGGCGGGGGGAGAUUCCUCUGGCUUUAGGAGCUCUCAGCAUCUUUCCUUUUGAAGGCCCCCUUGUUGCCCCUUUCUCCUUAUUUAGUUUUCCCCAGGGCACAGGGCCCAAGUGUCCCUCCUACUUUUUAGAAAUUACCUCCAUUCCUACCACUUCGGAUGGGGAGCCUAGAUGCCUGAGUCCCUGGGAGCCCUUUCCCUCACCCUGAGAUGGUCUGGGGGGAUUGUGUUUGUUUUGUUUUGCUUUGAUGCCAGGAAUGCACCUAGCCUAUGUAUGUGGGGAUUUGUACUUGUUCUGGGUGGGAGUGGGACAAAGUUCCCCUCACCCUCAAUCUGCCCUGUUGCCCAUGUUCCCUUUUCCCUACCUCUGCCAAUGGGCCUACUCCCCUCCUUUGCUGGAAUAAAGCUUUGUAAAUAACUA